ACCUGCAGUGACAGAGAGAGGCACACAGCGCCAACACUGACUUUGGCACUGACAGGGCAGACUAGUGUUUAAGCCGAGAGAAGAAGCAGUUCUGUGGUGAGGGGUAGCUGUUACGCGGACGCUCACAGGGACUCGGCAGCCUGUGCCCACCUGUACCCCAGGAGGGAAGCUACAUCCUCUGCCUCCAGGAAGCCAACCUUCUUGCUCUCCACCAUGGAUGAGACGGAUGUCGAACAGGUGACCCUGGCCCUUCUAGAUGCGGCCACUGAUAAAGACUCAGAGGUCCAGGAACAGGUCAGAAAGUCUAUGUUGACUCUGGGAAAACAGCAGCCGGACAGGGUGUUAGCCAUGUGUCAGGACUACCUUCUGAAACACCCAAAGUUGGUAGUAAGCCACAGGGUUGUGAUUCUACAAACUAUUGAGCUGAUUGUGGGCUGCAGGAUAGAGGAGAUCAGUUACCCCAGGAUAAAAAGUAUCAUCUCCCUGGCUUCAGAUGAGAUGACACGAUCAAAAGAGGUCGUCCCUGAUUGGCAGCAGGCAGCCAGUAAUAUUUUGGUUGCUGUGGGUAACAAGCACAUCAAUGACAUCAUGGAGGAAAUACUAAGCAAGUUUCAGCCAGGGCUCCUACCUCACUUCUUUGUGGUUCAGACCCUGGCCAACCUUUCCGAUUCCAAUGUUUAUGGCAUGGUACCCUUCCUGAAUGCUAUUCUGGGCACCAUGUUGCCAAUGUUGAGCAUGGCCAAACAGGACAACAUGAAGUGGGUCUUCUCUUCUGCUCUGUGUCAUUUCAGCGACAGUAUCUUGGAGUACCUCGCCAACCUGGACAAAGCUCCAGAUCCCACUGUGAGAAAGGACACAUUUUCCAGUGAAAUCUAUGCUGCUUUUGACAUCCUCUUCAAUAAUUGGUUACAAAGCAGGGAGUCUAAGUUGAGGCUAACAGUAGCUGAGGCAGUGGGCUCUAUGUGCCAUCUGAUGGCCAGUGAUAAACUGGAGGAGCAGAUUCCUAAACUCAUUCCUGCCAUCUUGUCCCUGUACAAGAAAAACAACGAGCACUAUGUCAUCAGCAAGAGUCUGUGCCUAGUGCUUGAUGCUUCUGUCAGUAUGGGCAGCAGGGUGCUGGAGACACAACUGGACGGUCUGCUCUUGGCGCUGCAUCAACAGGUGUCUGCCCCUGUGGAUUACAAUAACCCUCCUACUGUCAAGAACCACAACGAGGUCCUGCGCUGCUUCAGCUUACUAGCUAACUCCUUCCCAGACCGUCUGGUCAUGUUCGUUCUUCAGAAGUUGGAGAACAGUAAUGAGCGAAGCAGGAUGGGCUCCCUGGCUGUCCUGCGUCACCUCAUCAACUCUACCACGUCCACAAUGGAGAAUAAGAAGCUGCUGAUUCUGGCCAGCAUCAGACAACCGAUGGCUGACCACAGCAACAAGGUCAAGAAGCGUGUGGUCCAGGUGAUCAGUGCGAUGGCUCAUCACGGCUACCUGGAGCUAGAGGGAGGGGAGCUGCUGGUCCGAUUCAUCGUUCAACACUGUGCCUUACCUGACACAUAUCGGCGAGGCCAGAGACCCACAGAUCCAGAGGAGGUGACCAACGAGGCACUGAGGACGAUGUGUGACAGCACUCUUCACCUCCUGACCACCACUGUUGGACGACUAGGAGAUGUACUAUGGCCAAAGCUGCUGUACUAUCUGACCCCUUCACAGUACAGCAAUGCCACCACUCCUCUGUGUAAAAGUCUGAUAGUGCUGGGCAACAAGAAGAAAAAUAACCAGGAGCCCAGCUUCAAGAUAGACUUUACACAGGAAGUCAAUCUUCCCUCCCCUCAAACACUAAUGGUCAGACUGCUGGUGAAUGCAGCGUUCCCGUUCAGUGGCAGAGGUCACGGAGCUCCGUCCCUCUCUCUCCUUCAGAUCCUCAGCAUCAACAUCCACCCCAAUACAGAGAUAUUGUGGGAGAAAGAGAUACCUCCUCUGCUUUCCAUGCUAGAGGAGUCAACGACAGAGAGCCUGGAAAAGAAACACUGGGAUGAAAAGUUGCUGAAGCUCUUGUCUAAAACCCUGGCUACUAUUGAUGAUGACAAGUGGGUGGGUCAGUUAGCAGCUGAGGCAACAAGAUACCUCUCCACGUACAACAACGCCUUAGAGGAGAAGAGUUUCCUGUAUCGAUGUAUAGGAGUGACUCUACAACAGUGUUUCAACAAGGAGUUGGUUAAAAAACAGCUGCAGGAAAUCCUCCUCACAGCACGACACUAUGAUGCUGUCGAAAGAGAGGGAGUUGCAAUGGGUGUUGGUCUGUGUGCCAACAGCCACCUAGAGGGAACUCUGGCCAAGCUGGAAGAGUUCGGCAAGUCCGACGCCUUCAAGAAGUCCCCAAGCAUCUUCAACCUUCUCAAGGAACGUAAUGAUGUCGAGGUAGAGAAGGUGAAAAGCACACUAAUCUUGUGUUAUGGUCAAGUGGCUUUGAACGCACCUCCAGAAACGAUUCUGACCCGCAUUGAUCAAGACAUCCUUCGCUCCAUCAGUAAACACUUCAAUACCAAGGUUCUUGGGAUUAAAGUAGAGACAAAGGACCUGACAAUGAAACUCAGUUUGAUCCAGAGUGUUGGACUCAUAGCCAAAGCCAUUAGUGAGUGUGUGAAGAAACAAGGCUACGUCUUCUCUCGCAAACAGGAGCUCAUUAAUGUUAUGCUGGAUUUUAUCAAGGCAGAGCCAGCUGAUUCCUUGAGGACUCCAGUACGCCAUCUUGUAAUGACCACCUUUGCCAACCUAAUGCCUCUGGACCCUGCGCUGAGUGAGAAUGAGAGCUUUGAAUUGCUAAAGGUUUGUGUGAACAGUGUGUUCUCUCUGCCACCUGAGACGCACACGCCAGAGAAAACUAAAGAAGAGGAGACACUUGACCCCAAGCAGAGAAAGGCAUUGUACAAAGACACGUUGGCUGCACUGCAGGAGCUGCUGAAAAGUGUUCUGGCCAAGGAUCCAACACCUGAUGGCCUUCAGAGUGUCUUCAAGCACAUUGAAUCAUGGUUGGGCUCUGGACAGGACCACGAGAGAGAGAGAGCUGUCACAGCUACUGCUCACAUGCUGGCUUACUACCUGGAUAACCUGACUGUAAAGAACAUCGUGUCUUUCCACAACCUUGGAGCUCUGUUGGGUCGGCUGUCUCCACGAUGUUCUGACCCUCGCCCUGCUGUACGCACCGCUGCCAUGGACUGUAUAUACUCUCUGCUUUACAUACAGCUACGCUAUGAAGGUUUUUCCCUGGAUCAUAAGGAUGAAGGUGUGGACAGUCUAUUGUCCCUAAAAGACCGUCUAGAUAACCCUGACCACUCGGUUCUAUAUAAGACGUGCUCCGACAUCACCAAGGUGAUGAGUAAGCGUCUGCCUCAGCAGCAGCUUACGACGUUGGUGUUCAUGUUGUUUGAAGGGCUGGUCGACAGUCAGGCCAACUGCUGCCGAGCCUCAACUGUCAUCCUAAAUACUCUGCUGAAGAACAGAGGAGGAGGACUACAAGAGCUGGUCCCAGAGAUGCUGGAGGUGCUACAUGUGCGUCUGCAGAGCAUCACAGAGGAGCAGGUGAGAGUGGCGGUGGGACAGACGGUACUAAUCCUGGCUUCUCAGCAUCUACAGGCUGUUAUCAAUACACUUGUUAACCAACCACUUCCUUACGACAGCUGGACCAGUGAGAUGUGGAUGGCCCUGGGAGCAGACCCCAUUGUUGCCAAUCAGAUCCUUGAGAUGGUGAUGGAGAAGCUCCUCAUCAUGGCGCCCUACGUAGACCAGAGGGAGUCGAUGAUUAGAGGAGGGAUGAGAAAGGUGGCCACCAAUCAGCCACUGGCUAUGACAUGUGGUCUCAAAGAGCUGUUAUUAAAUGGCCAGAGUCAGGAGCCGGCAGUCAGCAUGUUUCCUCAGCUCUUCUCCUGUCUCACUGUCAGACUGGGAGCAAGUGUCGGGGUCACUGCACCGAAGGACAACAACACUAAACAAACUGCCUCCAUCCAUGUAGCAGGGGUAGCAGCUGAUGCUCUGCGAAUCUUGUUAGCACGGGCCCAGUUAGAUGAGGUGAUGAAAAGACUGGAUGAAGAUAACGCCUGGGACGCAAUGAAGGAACCAAAUACACACGUUAAUGGAGUUACACUACUGGCAAGAGCCAUGGCUAAGCAUGCUGGUCCCAGGAUGCCUGCCAUUGUGGAGUCUCUGUGUCCCUCAUUGAACAACAUCUACGAAUGCCAGAGAAUCACCGUCACUGCUUUCUUCUCUGAGCUCUUAAACCAUCAUGUGGUGACGGAGUUGAUGUUGAUAGAUGUGUUAAUGAACAACAUGAUGGAGAGGAUAUCGGAUCCCUGUUGCACUGUCCGCAUGCUGUCUGUUAGGGGGCUGGGCAAUAUAGCCACGGGAUCACCUGAAAAGGUGAACAAAUAUGCCAAAGAGCUGCUGGCAGCCAUGAGUUCAGGCAUGGAGGAGAAAGACGAUCCAGGUAAGCUGAUUACCCUUGAAGCCAUGUCGGGUCUUUCCAAAGUUCUCCUCUAUCUGGACAAGAAGAACGUCCACUUAUUAGUGGUCUAUAUCUUCAUGAAGAUCAAACCAUUCCUGGAAAGUGAGAACGAUGAGAUCCGCUGUGCUUCCAUCCAUCUUAUGGGGAACCUGUCCAAGUUUGGCUCAGGCGAGCAAGUGUUCAAAGACCAGAUCCACAAUGUCCUGGUCAGCCUGCUGUUACACCUGGUUGACCCAAACCCACAGGUGGUCAAGGCGUGUAAGUAUUCAAUGCGAGUGUGUGCUCCUGUCGUGGGAUCAGAGCAGAUCACAGCCAUGUUUCAGAACCACCUUCAUGAUGAGAAGAGUUUGCACUAUGGAGAGUUUAUCAAUGACCUCACAAAGUACCUGAUUCAGGACUUUCCAGGCAUGCUGAACUUUUAUCACAUAUCAGUCAUCCAGUUCUUCAAGAGCAACUGGGCCGAGGUCAGAGCAGGAGCUGCCAUGUUUAUAGGGUUUCUUCUGGGUAAUCUUCCAGAGGAGCAUUUCUCCCACCUCAACAUGGGCACCAUCACUAAAGGUUUAGUGAUGCUGCUCCAAGAUCCAGAUCCUGUGGUGAGAGUGAAGGUGUGUCUGAGGCCUGUGGACAUUGUCCACUGA